ACAAAACCCACCACCCAACCCCACUCCUCCCAUCUUCUUCACCAAUGGCAAACACCAUCCUCUUCUUCUCUUCUUCCCUCCUCCUCCUUCUCCUCUCCUCCACUCUCCCUCUCCAUGCUGAAGACCCUUACCGUUUCUUCACUUGGAAUAUCACCUUUGGUGAUAUCUACCCUCUUGGUGUCAAGCAACAGGGCAUUUUGAUAAAUGGACAGUUCCCUGGUCCUCAAAUAGAAGCUAACACCAAUGACAACCUCAUUAUCAAUGUCUUCAACAGCCUCACUGAACCUUUCCUUCUGUCCUGGAAUGGGAUUCAACAGAGGAGGAAUUCAUGGCAGGAUGGUGUUUAUGGUACCAAUUGUCCAAUUCCUCCAGGAAGGAACUUCACUUAUAUACUUCAAGUUAAGGAUCAGAUUGGAUCAUACUUCUACUUCCCUUCUCUUGGCAUGCAUAAGGCUGCUGGUGCCUUUGGUGGUUUCAGGAUCUUGAGCCGGCCUUUGAUUCCUGUUCCGUUUCCUCCUCCUGCUGCUGAUUAUACUUUGCUUGCUGGUGACUGGUUCAAGACUAAUCACACUGACUUGAAAGCAAUGCUGGAUGGUGGAAGUAAUCUUCCUUUUCCUGAUGGUAUCCUCAUCAAUGGCCGUGGAGCCUAUGGUAACUCUUUCACUGUUGAGCAAGGUAAAACAUAUAGGUUUCGGAUAUCAAAUGUGGGAUUGAGUACUUGCUUGAACAUAAGGUUUCAAGGACAUACAAUGAAAUUGGUUGAAGUUGAAGGGACUCAUACAGUGCAAAACUCUUAUUCUUCUCUUGAUGUUUGCUUGGGCCAGUCUUACUCUGUUCUUAUCACUGCUGAUCAGCCACCAUUGGAUUACUUUAUUGCUGUUUCAACUAGAUUUACCACUCCUGUACUCUCCUCCACUGCCAUUCUCCAUUACAGCAACUCUGGUGGUAGUCCUGUUGGUUCUCCACCUGGUGGUCCUACUGUUGAAAUUGAUUUUUCUCUUAACCAGGCUAGAUCUAUCAGAACAAAUUUGACAGCAAGUGGACCAAGGCCAAAUCCUCAAGGUUCAUAUCAUUAUGGAUUAGUUAACACUACCAGGACUAUUAGGCUUGCAAACUCUGCUCCAGUGAUCAAUGGCAAACAAAGAUAUGCUGUUAACAGUGUGUCAUUCAUUCCUGCUGACACUCCUCUAAAAAUUGCUGACUAUUACCAAAUCUCCGGAGUUUUCUCAGUUGGAAGCAUCUCUGAUAAUCCGACAUUCGGCGGUGGAUACCUCCAGACUUCUGUCAUGGGAGUCAAUUACCGAGACUACAUUGAGAUUGUCUUUGAGAAUUUUGAAACCACAGUUCAGUCUUGGCAUAUUGAUGGCUAUUCCUUCUUCGUCGUCGGAAUGGAUGGGGGACCAUGGUCAUCAGAGAGUAGGAAGAGUUACAAUCUCCGUGACGGUGUCAAUCGUUGCACCGUUCAGGUGUAUCCGAAUUCAUGGACUGCAAUAUAUAUGCCUUUGGACAAUGUGGGGAUGUGGAAUGUAAGAUCAGAAAACUGGGCUAGACAGUACUUAGGACAACAAUUUUACAUGAGAGUUUACACUCCCUCAACAUCAUUGAGGGAUGAGUAUCCAAUUCCAAAGAAUGCUCUUCUUUGUGGCCGUGCUGCCGGCCGGAGAACCAGGCCUCUCUAAGCAUUGUCUUGGCCGUGUCGAGCCAUGAAAGGGUGGCAUCACCGGGAGCUUGAGAAGACAUUGAUAGCAGCUCAGCUUGAGCUUGCUUUCUUUCUUUCUUUUAUUCUCUUAAUUCAUAUUUGCAUUCCAUUGUAAACUAUUAUAUUUACUUCCUAUUUUUCACCUUCAGUGGCAAAUCAUAAGUAUUAUGAGUAGUAGCAUGCUGAUGUUCUUUGUUA